ACAAAUCAGCUUUUGCCGCAGCAGCAGUCGCAGCAUUAUUAAACAAACAAACAAACGAAAAAAAGGAGUAAAGCAAUCAACAUGAAAUAUUUGUGCGUUGCCGUUAUUCUGGCCAUGUGCCUGAUCAGCUGCCUGGCGGCGAUUGCUGAGCCCGCCGCCGCCGCAGCAGCAGUGGACGCGGUCGAUGUUGAGUCUGGAAUUGCCGACGUGAAGAAGACGGAGAAGCGGGGCAUUUAUGGCUUUGGCUAUGGUCAUUAUGGCGGCUAUGGCGGUUAUGGCGGACAUGGACAUGGACAUUAUGGCGGCUACGGUUUGGCCAGUCCUUACUACGGCGGCUAUGAGUAUGUGCAGCAUGCCGUGCCCUAUUAUGGCGGCCAUCAUGGCGGCUAUUAUCCGUAUCAUCAUGGACACUAUGGUUUUUAUUGAAGACUUGCCUUGCACAAAUCAUUGCAAUCAUUCUACAUAUAUAAACGCAACACUCAUCGCUCAUUCAUUUUUUUUUUCUCUCUCUGACGAAUAAAUGUCCGUUACGUAAAGCU